AUGGAUGUUGACUCGGAACCACUCAGUUCACAAGAUAACGUCAAAGAUUGCAUGAUGACUUGUGUGGAAGAAAAUGUUAACUGCACUUGUGAUUGCGGUGGCAGCAGUAAUAAGUGUGUGUCUGUGACGACCGAUGAUAUUAUAAACCAGACCUUUGAAACAUCGGAUGCAGCUUAUAACUUGUAUGUACGUUAUGCGAGGUUUAUCGGGUUUGGAGUUUGCAAGGGUGAUAUAGCACGUGAAAAAAAUGGAACACAUCACAGAAGGAGGUUUUUUUGCAGUAAGGAAGGAAAGAGAGCCGAGAAAUAUAUAUCUAGUUUGAGUAGGAAGAGGGAGCAUAGAGUGCUGACUUGCACUGGUUGUGAAGCCAUGCUUGCGGUGUAUCUUGACACUAAAAUUUUGACUUGGAGGGUUAAAAAAUUAGUCGAGAAGCACAACCACGAUCUUGUCCCACAAAUGCUUGGUGCACCUAAUUCCAAACCACCGAGGGUUGACUGA